CCUGCCGCCAUCUUGCUUGUUUGUGUCCGGUUUCCAGGCGGUUGGGAGCGAACCGCUCCGUUACUUGGCGACGGACCGAGCGGCCGAGAGAGUGAGUGAGGCCCGGGGACAGGGGCCGCUGGCCAGCCCAGACAGAAAUAAGCAUUGACCACUGCUGUUAGAAAGUUUUGAGCUGUUCUUCCCUGACGCUCAUUGGUCCUUGGGCGGCUUGUCCUCUGGUCCAUAAAUAUCACCUCCCAGUGAAGCCAGGCCUAUGUGCUGUGCUCCAUGUCUCCUCUGAGCUGCGGCCCAGUAACGCGAUGUGCCUUUUGGACACCAUGGAAGUGGGGAAAUAUGGUAACAACACAGUUCCAGAGAGAAGCAAAGGAGUACUCUUGGAGCCUUUCAUUCACCAAGUUGGCGGACACACCAGCAUGAUGCGCUAUGAUGAUCACACAGUUUGUAAACCACUCAUCAGCCGGGAGCAGCGAUUCUAUGAGUCGCUUCCACCAGAAAUGAAAGAAUUUACUCCAGAGUAUAAAGGUGUUGUGUUGGUGUGUUUUGAAGGAGGGCGAGAUGGUUACAUUAACCUAGUGGCAUACCCAUACGUGGAAAGUGAAAAUUUAGAGCAAGAUGAAGUUCAAGAGAGGGAACAACCUCGCAGGAAGCAUUCACGGAGAAGCCUUUAUCGUUCAACGAGUGGCAGCGAGAACCUGAUCCAGAAGGAUGAUUCUGACAUCGCAGAGAGCCCUCAGGAGAUGAAGAGUCCAAAGGUGGAGCUGCAGGUUCCAUCGGACAUUCCCUUCCAAAUGUUGGAUAGCAACAGUGCGCUGAUUGCAGAGAAGAUCAGCUUUAACCCUUGGAGCCUACGCUGCCACAAGCAGCAGCUGAGUCGCAUGCGCUCAGAAUCAAAGGAUCGGAAACUCUACAAAUUCCUACUCCUGGAGAAUGUGGUUCAUCAUUUUGGCUAUCCUUGUAUUCUGGACCUAAAAAUGGGGACCAGGCAGCACGGGGAUGAUGCAUCUGAGGAGAAAGCAGCACGACAGAUUAAAAAAUGUGAGCUGAGUACCUCUGGAGCACUGGGUGUGCGAGUGUGCGGAAUGCAAGUGUACCAGUUAGACUCAGGGCAUUAUGUGUGCAGGAACAAGUAUUAUGGUCGCAGUCUUUCCAUCGAAGGCUUUAGCAAAGCUCUGUAUCAGUUUCUGCACAACGGCAGGUACCUACGUGUGGACUUGUUUGAUGCUAUUCUGCUGAAACUUCGCACCCUGAAGGAGGUUCUGGAGAAGCAAGCUUCUUACCGCUUCUAUUCCAGCUCUUUGUUGAUCAUCUAUGAUGGAAAGGAGCGAAAGACAGACCAUCGAAACAAAUCCACAGGGGCAAUGAACCAAGACAACCUGCAGGCAAGCACCAGUUCAUCCUCCCCUUCCUUCUCAAGCAGCAUUCAGGAUCAGCCGAAAAUUGACGUGCGGAUGAUAGACUUUGCCCACAGCACAUUCAAGGGGUUUCGGGAUGACCAAACUGUGCAUGAUGGGCCUGACACAGGUUAUCUUUUUGGACUGGAGAAUCUCAUUAGUAUUCUGGAAGAGAUUCAACUCCAGAACCAAUAGCAUAUUCCGAACUGUUCCUAAUUCUUUACCUAUUAUUCGGGAGGGAAAGGUACUGACCUUUCCCUCUCAAGCACAUACCUUAUGAUUGCUUAUUCAGAUACUCAUCGCAGCGAUGAUGCCACAGACAAAAAUACUGUCAACUUCUGGCAAAUUGCUAGACAGAAAACAAUGAGUUUGUUGUUCGAACUGUUUGUUAUAUCACAAUGUAUAAAAUUAUUACAUAGUCACAUGGAACAGCACUGCCUGUACUGAUACUAAUGCAUCUUGUAAAACAAAAAGGGAGCAAUGCCAUUCACUUACUGAGGCCUAUUGUACAGUGGCAGGUGCCAUGUGGGGGCACCCACUCGGUACCAAAGCAGCAAGCAGGCCAGGUAAUCUCCUACUGCUCCCAAAGACUGAGACUGCAUGGAUUGCUGUAUAUUUGUAAAUGUUGGGACAAUUUUCCUCAUUUACGACCACCUGAAUGUGAGUGAAGGACUCCAUAGGUUAACACUCAGGUUCUUUAGCUGACAGGUGUGCGGGUUUGUUUUGAACUUCACUUCCUCCCUUGAAUAUUAUUCCCUUCAGUAUCUUGCCAGGGUUAAUCUCACUGUGCCAGCGAUUUAAUGCACAGAGCCUGUGGCUCGCCAGCUCUUUUUGGAAGGCUGUUGCACGUUCUUCAGAAGAUGUAUCAGAGUAAUGUCCCAAGAGUCAGAUCAUGGACCACUGCUGGAUUACUGCAAAGAACUGUGCACCAUGAGGUUAGAGCUUUUGUAAGGGUCUUAGAUACGAGUAUCACAAAGUAAGGCUCUUUCAGUUAUCACAAUCUCUCCUUUACAACACUGGCUAAUGAAGAUAAAUAAGUGCAAGAUUGUUGCAAACUUCCAGUGAAUGUAACCAGAAGAGUGAGAGCUAUUUCCUGCUGUCCGUCCCCAGAAGGAAUUGGUUUUCACCUAUUGUUCAUGUAGUUACAGAAAUACAUCCUGCUGAUACAGUAGAGGCAUUUAAUAAUUUAUAAGAGAGCACAUUGGCACAAUGCAGGUGGCAGGUUUGUUUAUAAAACUGACCUGCAAGCUGUUCCUAACAUGAAGCUGUUACGUUGCCAUCCUUUUAAAAUAUGUUGACUUUAUACAUCUUUGCUUACAAGUAUUUGCAGUAGUUCAAGUUUCAAACUAAUUCUACUGUGUGUAAUUUUUAAGAUUGCUAUUUUGCUACGUUGUUCCAAAAUCUUUAUUUUUGUCUUUUGAAGUGUAUAUUCCAGUCUGGAUCAUGAAGUUCUGAGAGCCCUGGUUUACAGGAUCCUAUCCCAUAAAACUGCAGUAUCCCCUUUUGAGUAAGAAAGGCUAUAACCUGGAUUGGUUUCCCCCUAGAGACAGACACUGACCUGGAGCAUUACCCUGUGUGACCAAGUUUAGAGACUACAAUUGAAUGAAACUGCAUGGCCUGUCAGCUCAAACUCUAGGAAACACGUGUAAGCAUUUUAUUGUGAACAUCAAACUUUUGUAUGCAAAGCUGUCUGUGGGUAAAGUGGAUUGAGGUAAUUUCCAUAGCCCUGCCUUUUCAAGUCGAAUGGUAUUAUAGUAAGCUCUUAACAUUGUUCUGACACUGCCAGAUUUGUCAGAUAUUUAAACUGUGACUGGUAUCAUCUUAAUAUCCGAUGCUGUGAAAGAAGGGGAGGGAUGAUUCGUACAUAGAGCGCAGAUGAUAAAUAGAAUAUACCAAAAAGUUGCAAGAGGCUGCAGCAUCUGCUGGAGUGACUUCAGUGUAAGUUCCCAGCUAAAAGAGCAGUCGUAAACAACUCAUAAAGAAAUCUUACUGAUUUGCUUGACCCUGUUUAACCAGGUGAUUGAACCAUAGUCCUCCUUGGUGGCUUCAUUACUGGAUGAUUCUCUCAGCAAGUGUGAAGCAACAGCCAUGGAGCAGAACAGCGAAACUUGUUCAUGUGUAGUAGGCAGCAGAAAAUGACACUUAAGCUAAAACCUAUCAUGUCCUACUCUCAAAGUUACUGGCACAUCAUUAAAUGCUUCUGAAAAUGUGUUAUCCAACCCAAAAUAACAAACACUGUGAUAGCAAAUUAGUAAGACACAGUAUAUUAAACGUAAUUCUGUUCAUCUGAAUAUUUCCCGGUUGUCAAUGCACGCUACGUGAAGCUUUCUUGCACACAAGGUAAUCCUGAAUCCAAAUUAAUUUGUAUUUUCGAGCUAUUAAGAAGGGGCUAGAUACGAUUCAAUGGAUGUAGAUGUUUCCAGGGCUCAAUGGCAGGGACCUGAGCACUCUGAUGCAUGUCUGUCACUGUGUCCAUCUCUUACUAUAAGCCUUUCUCCCCAUUAAAAAGUAAACAUUUGCAUUCCUUGUGGAAUAGCCCAUAGAUGAGGUACUAAACUGUCAUUAUUCCAGUGCGUCAGUUAGUCGAUGGGAAAUGAAAGACAAAGGGAAAGUGAAAGGAGUACUUCUCAAUGUAAGCUGGAAAAGUGGAAGCUCCAUUCAUUGCCUUCCAUACAUGUAAUUCAUUACAUUCCAGAAAACAAGAAAGUCCUAGCACUUUGGGGGAGAAAGAGAAGAGAGGAAGGUCACUAUGAACUUGGCCAUCGCUUUGAGCUGGAGCCAACUGUUUAAUGAAGCAUGCUGGGAGCUAUAGAUCUGCAGCUAGGAUUCAGGCUGACAGUAUCAAGGGUUAAAGAUCUGGAAAUGGUUUGUCACAAAUUUAAAUAGCAUUGAAGACAGUGGAGGCUCAUGUGGGGAAGAAAGUUAUCGUGGGGGGGGGGGUCAUUAAUAUUUUUAAAUCUCAGAAUUGUUUUUUAAUCUUUUAUUUUUGUGGGCAUAUGUAGGUGUGGACCAACAUGGCUGUUCAAAGCAGUCAAAUAAUUCAGGUAUUUGAGUGGUACUUUAGUGGCAGAUGCAUGUUGCUCAUUAGUUCAGCAAGUAAGGACUGUUAAUAAUUGCAAUAUUUUAUUUUACCAGUGCAGUGGAUUUUGAAUGGUUCAAGUUUCCCACUCACAAAUAAACCAGUCACUCCACUGCACUCGAUCUCCUUCUCUUACCUCAUGGGAGAAAUAAGCAGCACUCAAAUAGUACUGUUUAAACAUCUCUGCAACUUUCAAUCUUGCUUCUUAACAGAGUUAUUGCUGGAUAUUUUCUGAGAAACAUUGCACCAACUCUGUGACUCAUUGGCAAGUAUAUUUUGAGCAGCCCUGGAUCCUAAUGGCCCUCCAAGACACUGACAGUGAAUUAAAUGUACUCUGAAGUAAUUCAGCCCAAAAUUUGUUAGUAUGGGCCACUGUUGUUUAGCAAUGUACUUUUUAAUAUUUAAACUGUUGUAUCUUAGUUGUUUAAAGAUUUUUUUCAAAAACAAUUACAAAUGAGUCAAGCGUCAAUUCAGUUUCUGAGCUGCACCUAUCUUUUUAGGUCCUUUUGUUUCUAUGGUAGCACAUUACUAAGGAACCAGCAUUUGAGUGACAUUUCCAUCUAACCAUGCUCAAUUACAGAGAACCAGAGGUUGACGGGACCAGGAAAUGAGAGACUGUCCAGCUCUGAACAUUUUAAAAUGUCAGGUUCCAACUUCCUUUCUCAUUAUUUUCUGUAGACAGAAAGCACAGCAGUUUUAAAAUUCAAGGCCGAUGAAAAGAAAUAGUGAAUUAAAGAAAUGAUACCAGGUUUACUUAGGAUCUUGGACCACAUUGUACACUCGGAACGCAUGCAGUAUUAACUGUGACUUUGAUAAGGAGUAUCUGCUCAGUCCCAAGUUGUUGCAAAUAGUAUGGUUGCAAGCAAUAGUUUACCCUGAAACCGGAAGUACAUUGGGUAAACUCAAUCUGGAGCAGCCUGGUCUGAGAAGUACCAAUAUACAGAUUUGUCAGAGCACAUAAAGUGAUUGCCCACCGUACAGGAACAACCUGAUCUAGGUAUGUUUAUCUGCUUUUAGGUUUUUCAAACUUAAAAGGGCUGAUCUGCAGAAUGGCACUAACAGAAUUUUACUUCAGCUGCUCACUGGCAUUUUGCAGCCACUAGGAUUUAAAAUGUGCCUGUUUGUAAUUGUGGGUCUGGUGUUUCCUCUCACUGCGCUGGCAAACAUUUUCCUGCAGAAUAUGAGAUCUGCCUUUUGGGAACUACUGAUGGAUAUCUCUGAUUUCUUGACAGCAUUCUGUUAGUACUGCCCCUCGUGGUGUCCCUUAUUCUGUUUAUACCAACUUUGGGGACUGGUAGCCCAACAAUUGCACUAUGAAGAUGCAGGGCAGGGUAAGGCUUAAAGUUCCUUUUCAAUGAGUGCUGUGCACAAUUGAUGUACCAUGAGUUGAGGCUACCUGAUGAGAAGGGAUACUGCAGCUUUGACGUGGUGCUCAGCAAUGGAAAGGGGGAGGGAGGGGAAUGGGGAGAAUUGAAGGAUGAGGUUGAACAUGUUUUUCUUGUUCACAAUGUUGUUAAAGCCACAUUGGGCUCCUAAUAGUUUACUACAACAAUCUUGCAGAAACGUAGGGAAACAUUAAAUUUCUGCAUAUUAAACCAGAUAGAAAACCCCUCAGCUUGAAACAGAUGGGGGAAUUGUUUUGUUAUAUUACUAAUUUAUUCAAAGUAGUUUCAAUGUUUUUUUUCACUGUAUUUCUAUUGUGUGACUGUAUCUUCAAUGGUAGACCCUCUUUUCAGGAAUCUAUGGGCAUGAGCAUACUGUAUCCUUGUGAUCUGUGUUUACAGUGUUACUUCCCAGUUGUCACAGUUAUGUAUAAAAUAAAUACACUUAGGAAACGUACAA